UACUAAAGGUCUCCCCUGAGAAAGAAGCAAGACCCACAUGCAGCAAUGGAUUCAGAUGGUUGAUUCAAAAAAGUCAAAGCACAUUUAAGGACUCACACGUGAGCAAGUAUUCAUUGAGCUGGCAUUUAUACAACUCUCUCUCUCUCCAUUGAUGUUUGAUGAUCUCUAUCUCAGUGUGUUCUGAUAAACUAUAAUUUCUGAAAUCCUCGUACAUAUAGCAGAGAGCUCCAUAACUAUAACAUCACCAAUAAACAAAAACAAAAAAAAAUUUACCUUCUUAUUUAUUUCAACCUCAUACUUAUAUCCCUUUUAUCUAUUUCUUUUGUAAACAACACCGUACCACUUUCUCUCCAUACCUUGCCUUUUAAGCACACUCUAUUCUUUCCUCAUUUUCCUCUCUUCUUCCCUUCGUACCCUCUCUCUCUCUCUCUGAGCAAGUCCACCUCCAUUCCCAGAGAGCAUGCCUGAAUGUCCAGAGAAAGGGAAAGAUUUGAUGAUGAGAUAGGCAAGAGGAUCAAGAGAGAAACCGAUGCUUCUUCUCAAAUGGGAAGAAGACACAUGUUAGGUCCUCCUGGAACCCUAAACACCAUUACACCAUGCGCUGCUUGUAAGCUAUUGAGACGAAGGUGUGCACAAGAAUGUCCAUUUUCUCCAUAUUUCUCUCCCCAUGAACCCCAGAAGUUUGCUUCAGUUCACAAAGUCUUUGGUGCCAGCAACGUCUCAAAGAUGCUAAUGGAGGUACCAGAGAGUCAACGAGCUGAUGCUGCAAAUAGUCUUGUUUAUGAGGCCAAUGUGAGGCUAAGCGACCCGGUGUAUGGAUGCAUGGGUGCAAUCUCGGCUUUGCAACAACAAGUUCAAUCAUUACAAGCUGAACUCAAUGCAGUAAGAACUGAGAUACUUAAGUACAAAUAUAGGGAAGCAAAUAUCAUACCCUCCUCUCAUCAUCAUCAUCAUCAUCAUCAUUUGGCUUUGCUUAAUUCUUCUGGGGCUGUUUCGAUUGCUGCACCUCCACCAACACCGCCACCAACAACACCACCACCUCCUCCUCCUCCUUUUCCUCCUAAUUCCUCUUCUUCUUCUAUGUACAACCAAACCAUUACUAGUGCUGCCGAUUAUAGCACCAUUUCAUCAAGUGAUAAUGUUUCCUAUUUUGGUUAAUUUAAUUUCUAGACUGAAAAGAAAAGAAUCCCAUUUAUUUUUCCUUACUAUGAAUCAACUUGAAUAAAUGAGUAAGAGAAUUUUAAUAUUGAA